AACCUUUAUAGGUUUUAAUCUUGUGAUUUUGAUAUUUUCUUUAGUUUUCAUGAAUCCCUUUUUGCCUUUAUUGCUUAGUAGAUUGAUGGAUAAAGGUUGUUCUUGAUGCUUUUAAUUAUUGUUUAAAGGCUUUGUUGCUUUUUUUUUUCAUAUGAUUUUCAAGAAUCUUGUAAGAAAGAAAAAAGUUAAUUUUCGUUGAGUCGAAAACUCGGCUAGCCCGGAUAACCUGAACAGAAAAACCUUAUGAAAUUAGGAGUACUAUUUUGGGUGAUCAUUAUUAGAUUAGAUCCAUUGUUGGUUUAGGCCCAUUAUUGGUCUUAUUGAAAUUUGAGGUAGUAAAAAAGAAAAAGAAGGAGAAGGUUUGUAAGGGACAUGAAUCAAGAUUCUUGAUGAUAGAAGCUAAGUUUGUGAAAAUUUGAAAAGAAAGAUUUGUAUGGAAGGUAUGUUAACGAAUUCUAUAUCAGAGAAUACUUCACUUGGGAGUCAUACGGCGGGUCGUGUGAAGCUACUAACUGAAACUGCUAGCUUGUUAAGUAACAAAGUGGAUAUGGGAUCCGUAGGUGACGAUGUUAUUAUCAGUCAAGAAAAUAACGAUGUUGAUGAAAUUAUGUCGAUUGGGGAUGAACCCAUUGAUGCGGAUUUAGUAGGUUUGCCUUUGCCUAUUGUUGUUGCAGUUAAGGAGAUAGAGAAUGAUGAAGUUGUUGCAAAGGUGACCCAUUUAGGGGAAGAAACGACUUUAAGUUCAUCUGUAAUUGCGGUAGUUGAUAAAAAUCUUAGUAAAGGUAUAAAGAGUGUAUUUGAGCUGAAGUACAUACCGCUUUGGGGUUUCCACUCUAUAUGUGGUAAAAGGCCAGAAAUGGAAGAUGCUAUUUCAGCGGUUCCUUGCUUUAUGGAAGUUCCAAUUAAGAUGUUUGUCGGGGAUCAUGUAAACGAUAGGGCUAGCUCAAAUUUGACAAAUUUGACCACUCAUUUCUUUGGUGUAUAUGACGGCCAUGGAGGUUCUCAGGUUGCCGACUACUGUCGUGAUCGUGUUCAUCUUGCUUUAGAAGAGGAGCUGAACAUGUUUGCGCCAGAAACCAGUAACGAAACGUUACAGGUUCAGUGGGAGAAAGUUUUUACAAAUUGUUUUCAAAAGGUUGAUGAUGAAGUUGGAGGGAGAAUUGCCAGAAUAGCCCCUGAAGGAAACGGACAUACUUCAGAACCUGUAGCCCCAGAAACGGUUGGUACAACUGCUGUGGUUGCAGUAAUUGGUUCAUCACAUAUCAUAAUUGCAAAUUGUGGUGAUUCAAGAGCAGUUCUAUAUCGUGGCAAAGAAGUAGUGGUUUUGUCAAAUGAUCAUAAACCAAAUCGGGAAGAUGAACAUGCAAGAAUCGAGGCGGCUGGUGGCAAGGUCAUACAGUGGAAUGGGCAUCGUGUGUUCGGUGUUCUGGCAAUGUCAAGAUCUAUUGGUGACGGGUAUUUGAAACCUUGGAUAAUACCCGUACCGGAAGUCACAUUUACAGCACGAGCUAGAGAAGACGAGUGUCUGGUUUUAGCUAGUGACGGGUUGUGGGAUGUUAUGUCUAAUGAGGAGGUGUGUGAAGUUGCUAGAAAACGGAUUCUUAUUUGGCAUAAAAAGUAUGGCGGAGAUGUAGCCGAUAGGGGCAUUGGCAAUGGAGUUGAUCUUGCAGCCCAAGCGGCAGCUGAUUAUCUUGCAAUGCUUGCUUUACAAAAAGGGAGUAAAGAUAAUAUAUCUGUGAUUGUUGUAGAUUUGAAAACUCAAAGAAAGUUCAAGACAAAAUCUUGAUUGAUUCUUAUCAUUUGAUUGGUUCA